AUGGUCACUCCUGCCGUCAAGCAUACUAUUGUCAAGAAGCGCACUGCUCAUUUCAAGCGUCACCAAUCCAACCGCUUCAUGCGUGUCGGUGAAUCAUGGAGAAAGCCCAAGGGUAUUGAUUGUAACAUGCGUAGACGUUUCAAGGGUCAAGCUCCUAUGCCCAAGAUCGGUUACGGUUCCAACAAAAAGACCCGUCACCUUUUGCCCAACGGUUUCCGCAAGUUCACCAUCUCCAAUGUCCGUGAACUCAACCUUUUGUUGAUGCACAACCGUACUUAUGCUGCUGAAAUUGCUCACAACGUUUCUUCCAAGAAGCGUGUUGCUAUCCUUGAACGUGCUGCUCAAUUAGACGUUAAGGUGAUCAACGCUGGUGCUCGUCUCAGAUCUCAAGAAUAA